AUGACAGAGCAGCAAUUCUUUUGGCAAGGCCAUGCAGAUGGACAACCUGGAGCUUAUGUCACAUCCAAGAACCAUUUGCUGAUGACUGCAGUGUGCUUCAACAUGACAGAUGCUUCAUGGGAUUUCUUUUCCAAGUAUGAUGGAAGUGCACCUCACCACUGUCACCUGAUGAGUGAAUAA